CCUGCGAGCAGCCCAGCCAACAUGCCAUGCCAGCAAUUUCUUUCUGACUAUCCAUAGACACUUUAUUUCCGCACUGAUUUUCCGGCAAGAUUUGCUUGAAUUGAGGUUUGAUCCCACGGACAGACGAACACCGCUCUGUGACGGAAAUGGCGUCAAUAUGUGCGUCCCCGCCAUUAUCCGCUAAUGCAAUCUCGCGAACCAUCACCGUAGCCUCCCAUUCCAGGUCAGCAAAAUGUUCAUCUCCCUCUUUCAAUCGCCGAAUCCCAUUGGCCUCCCUGCGGUCUUUCGCGACCUCAUUCUCCGCUCGCCAUGCGACGUCUCCAAGUCACCUAAGACUGAGCGACAGUACAGGAUGCGGAAUAGGCCGGCAUUUCUCGCACCGAGCUCCCGAUAGAAGGGGUGUGACUAUAGUGAGGUCCCAGGAGGGUCGCAGCUACUCGCACCCGAAGUACAACUGGCGCUCGCGACGGAGAUCCGACGGCGAGGAUCUGACGAGCACGCGAUUCCCGCGUGACGCGCCGAAUGGUCGGCGAGAGGCGGGAAGCGGCGGAGAGUCGAGCGGGCACAGUCCCGGGUGGGGGUCGCCCGUGUGGCAGGCGGACAGCAGCAGUGGCGAGGAGGAGUCGGCUGGAAUAGGCGCGAUCGCUAAGGGGGAUGCCACGAGAAAAUCGUCGAUUUCGCAUAUCCUUACACCUGAUGGGAAGGCCUUUAGGCCGCAUCGCAUUAUUCUGGUGCGACAUGGGCAGAGCGAGGGCAAUGUGGACGAGGCGGCGUACACGCGCAUUCCCGACUCCAAGAUCGCCCUCACCAGGAAGGGAUGGGAGCAGGCGGUGGAGAGGGGGAGGAAGAUAAGGGAGAUGAUAGAGGCGGACGGGGAGGACGACUUCAAGGUCUACUUCUACGUCUCGCCCUACACCCGCACGCUGCAGACUCUCCGGGGAGUGGGUUUGGCGUUUGAGAGGGAGAGGAUUGCAGGGGUGAGGGAGGAGCCGCGCAUUCGAGAGCAAGAUUUCGGAAACUUCCAGGACCGGGAGAAGAUGAGGAGGGAGAAGAAGGUGCGGUUGAGCUACGGCCGAUUCUUCUACCGCUUCCCUGAUGGGGAAUCGGCAGCAGACGUGUACGACCGUGUAACAGGCUUUCGUGAGACCCUCAGAGCCGACAUAGACGUGGGCAGGUUCCAGCGGGAGGAGGCGGCAGCGCGCAACAUGAACUUGGUGCUGGUGUCGCACGGGCUCACCCUGAGGGUGUUCCUCAUGCGCUGGUACAAGUGGACUGUGGAGCAGUUCGAGGGGCUCUACAACUUCCCCAAUGCCGGCGCCAUGGUCAUGCAGCUGGGGCCGGGAGGCAGGUACAGCCUGCGCAUGCAUCACAGCCGGGAGGAGCUGAGGGCCUUUGGGAUGACAGAGAGCAUGAUCGACGACCAGGAGUGGCAAAUCACAGCCAAGCCAGGGGAUCUGAACCCCUGCUGGCUCACAUCCGGGGCCGGCUUCUUCGACCACUUUGACGAGAGCGAAGCGUGCGGCAUUCAGCGCGACUACAUGUGCAAAGGGAUAUCAGAGCUAUGCGACGAGGAAUUCGGGGAGGGCGUAUAUCGCAAUCAUUAACAUCCAAAAGGCCUGAGGCCUAGGUGGAACAGGUUUGAACUGCAAUUCGCUCUUGCUGCUGUCCUAAGAAAAGGGCCAAGUGCUAUAUUGCGUUCCGGUGAAGUACACGACACUGCCUUCCAGCACAUUAUUUGAUGUUUCAUGUUGAUUAAUUUUGUACAUAGAUCGUUCAAUGACCCCAAGCUGGAGCAAGCUGCUGGAGAAUACUGGAUUUGUUUUAGUGUUGAGGUUUGGGCAAUCAUGGUGGUACUAUCGUACUAAAUGCUACAUCUUUUAGUUUGCUAGUGUGA